AGAGUUGCAUGCACAUACUAUUGUCAGAAAUCAUGGCAUAUAUCUCAUCUUCAAAAUCUAGUAACAGGAUACAAAUCGUACUGAUCUCCGUCGGAGUAAUAUUCACAGCGGUGAUUCUUAACCUCUCCUUCCCCGUCGUUACACAAUUCGUGGUUUCCGAUCUACCUUUUAUUUGGAAUUCCAUAAUCUCAUGGUUCAAGCCACCUUAUCUUUACCUGGUAAUCAAUUGCAUAAUCUUGAUACUUAUUGCAUCAUCUAAAUUCCAGCAGCAGAAUCUUUCAUCCAACUCCAACGCUACUGAUAACCUCCCGCUUUUACUGCUACAACCGCCGACUGAAAUUUCACCGGACGUUGCUGAUAACCUUCCGCUUCUGCUGUUGCAAUCGUCGACUGAUGAUGUUAAGAUCGUUGAAAUCGAUGCAAGUGUUGAGGUUACGGAUACGGUUAUAAGAUCGUUUCCUUCCGAUUCGACUUCUUCUGUGGUGGGAAUUGAAACAGGUAUGGAAAUGACAGUUAUGGCUACAGGUGAUGAAGGUGCUGCUGCGCAGAUGGAAAUGACAGCCAUGGCUGCGGAUUCGGUGGAGGAAUCGACUGUACUGAGUUUACAAAGGUGGAAUUCAUCGGAAAAGUCGGUUUGGGAUGAGAAACCGCCUCGAUCUAAUAGAUUUAGCCAUCGGAAACCUAUCAAAUCGAAUAUGGACGGGGGGAGAAGUUCUUCAUUGAAGGUAUCAAAGCCAAAGAGACAUGAAACGUUGGAGAGUACGUGGAAGGCGAUAACAGAGGGACGAGCAAUGCCGUAUACUAGACACAUACGUAAAUCAUCAGACAAGUGGCAGGACGAGGAUGACAACGACGGAAGGAGACAGAAGUUGGUGGCCAACUUGGACGAAGAAACCACCAAUUACUCGCCUCCGGCAGCGAGGAGGACGAGGAAGCUGAAAAGGGAAUCAUCACCUGGACAAGACGAGUUGAAUAGGAGGGUGGAGGCAUUCAUCAAGAAGUUUAAUGAGGAGAUGAGGUUGCAGAGGCAGAGAUCUCUUCAACAAUAUCAGAACAUGAUGAACUAGUGUUCUAUUGUUUUCAUCUUACACAAAAACAAAACUACAUAUAUAUAAAUAUUAUUAUUUGUCUGCUACAUUGGAUUUGA